AUGACAGAGGAAAAGAACUGGGCGGCUGAGCCGAUCCUCAGGCCAAGGGGAGGCCCCCGGAAGUUCUGGAGCACCAUUCUGCUUCUUCUUGUGGUCCUGGUGUACUGUUCUUCUGUUCUGAUUGGCCAAAUUAACGAGCUUUACGCCAACCACAAAGAAGCAAGCGUUGCAAGACAAAGGCCGCUCGUACCUGUUUUUCCAGACGGAAAACUGUCUCUCACUCUGGCGGCCACACGGAACGGGACGUUUACGCCCGAAAGAAAAAGCAUACAGUGGCUCAGGACCGAUUCCUCGGCAUUCAACGACUCGGGAGAGUACAUCGUUAUAGACGGCGCCGACUACGUUCUUAAGUCGCUGACGGACAAGAGAGAGCACAUACUUUUUUCCGGAACGGCUGUGGAAUACAACGACUCCAUGUUCAAGAUUGAGGACAUCGUUUUCAGCGACGACUUGAAACACGCUCUGGUUAUUUGUGAUAAGGUCCAUAACUGGAGACAUUCCUUCUUCGCUACGUAUUUUGUGCUCGAAGUGGACUCCAAGAAAAUUAGCCCGCUGUACAACGGCACAUUGCCUGUGUCGCUGGCGAAAUGGUCGCCAGACUCGUCGAGCAUCGCUUUCAUUGUGGAUAAUAACGUUUAUGUCAAGAACCUGGCUUUGAACGAGGUGCGCCAGGUCACUUUUGAGGGAGGUAAAGAGAUCUUCUACGGGAAGCCAGACUGGGUUUACGAGGAGGAGGUGUUUGAGGGUGAUACUGCCAUGUGGUGGUCUCCAAACUCCGAAUAUUUGACAAUAUUGCGCUUCAACGACACGCUCGUGCCAACUUUCCCUAUCCCGUACUUUGUACAGCACAAGGACGACGUGUAUCCGGAAUUGCGCGAGCUCAAGUACCCAAAAGCAGGGUACCCGAAUCCCCUGGUCGACUUCGUUGUGUACGACACCAAGAACGACAAGCUGGCUUCGCUGGACCCGUCUGACGCCUUCUACAACGACAAGGAUGUUCCUAAUGACGAGAGACUGAUCACAGAAGUCAAAUGGGUUGGCGAUUCCGAUUUCCUGCUCAAAAUCACCAACAGAGAAUCAGACAUUCUUAAAAUCUUCAUUGUGGACGCCUCAGCGAUGGAGUCGCGGCUCAAACGCUCAGAUUACGGCUCUAAUGCAAAUUCGUGGUUUGAGAUCAGCCACAACCUGCUGUAUGUGCCGAAGUCGGACUCUCGCCCGCACGACGGCUACAUUGACAUCGUCGACGUGGACGGAUACGAUCAUUUGGCGUACUUCUCUCCGCCAGACACAGAGAACCCGCUUAUUCUCACGUCGGGCGAGUGGGAGGUGGUGGACGGCGCGGCCGCUUUUGACGCCGUCCUGAACAAGGUGUACUUCAUAUCCACCGAGAAGUCGUCUGUUGAGAGACAUUUGUACUCGAUCGACCUGGAUGGCUCCAAUAAAACCAGCAUCACAGACGUCAGCCAGGAAGCAUGGUACUCGGUGUCAUUUUCCGCCGGCUCGCGGUUCCUGCUGCUCAACUACAACGGACCGGGCAUUCCGCACCAGGAAUUGCUUGACUUGCAUCUACACACGAGAGAAACGCUCACUUCCAACAACAAGCUCGCAGAAACGCUUGAUAAAUAUGCUCUUCCCGAAGACAGGUAUGGCGAGAUUGAUGUUGGGGCUGGCAAGCCGCUCAACUUCCACGAAACGCUGCCUGUGAACUUCGAUGCCUCAAAGAAGUAUCCGCUGCUAUUUUUUGUGUACGGGGGUCCAGGUUCGCAGCUGGUGCAGAAACAAUACGCACUAGCAGCCUCGGUGUUCUCCUCGGUCGUUGCCGCGCAACUGGAUGCCGUAGUGGUGACUGUUGACGGCAGAGGAACGGGCUACAAGGGAAAGGCAUUCAGAAACAUUGUACGCGAUAAACUCGGACACUACGAGGUGAUCGACCAGAUCGACGCAGCCAAGCACUGGAUCGCAAAACCAUACAUUGACGAGCAACGAACGGCCAUCUGGGGAUGGUCCUACGGCGGCUACAUGACGCUUAAGACGCUGGAGGCCGACCAGGGCAGCACGUUCAAGUACGGUAUGUCUGUGGCUCCAGUCACCAAUUGGCUGCUUUACGACUCGAUCUACACAGAGAGAUACAUGCACACGCCGCAACAGAAUGCAGGAUACUACAACUCGUCGGUGCACGAGGUUGCGAACUUUGCCAGCGUGGAGCGGUUCCUGCUGAUGCACGGAACAGGCGACGACAACGUCCAUUUCCAGAACUCGCUGAAGUUUCUGGACAUGCUGGACCUCCAGGGUCUGGAGAACUACGACGUGCACGUUUUUCCAGACAGCGACCACUCCAUUCGCUACCAUAACGCAAACACGAUCGUCUAUGAUAAACUGUUGGCGUGGCUGAGGCAGAAUUGGUCAUGACGGAUGCGAAUUGUAUACUGUACUAUAGGAACGAUAUUCACUGGUACUGGAAGUUGUAGCCGUCCAGCCCGUACGCCAGUUCUCUUUCGAGGUCGAUGUUCUCGUCGUAGAGCAUCUCCUGCGGUUUUGGGGGCAGCUCGUAAUCGGCCACCUGGCCCUCGAACGGCGUCUUCAGCUGCGGCUGCUGCUGCGGCUGGUCCAUCUCGUAGGCGCCCGUCGCGCCGUACUGCUCGCUUACUAUCGUCUGCUCCUCGAGCGGUCUUCUCACGUAUUCUCUGAACGAGCGGGUCUCCUCGAUGAUCAUCUGCUUCAUCUCGUUAAUGUCGUCUGUUUCCUCGAACGAGAAGUCGAAUUUGGCCGCGCAGACCGGCUCGUCGUUCGGGUCGUGCCACACCUCCAAGUACGGGUGUUGCAGCGCGUCCUCCACGGUGAUUCUGUCCUCAGGGUUUAGCGUCAGCAUGCGGUUGAGCAGGUCGAUCGCCAACGGGUUGGCGUGCGGAAAGAAGUUCUCAAACGGCACCUUGGGCAUAUACGGCAACGAGCGCACGUACGCCUGUGCUCUGGACGACUUGAUGCUCUGCAUGGUAUGCUCGUUCGGGGUGCCUAGCACCUUGAGGAUCUCGUUGAGCUGGUCAACGUAGUCCUUGCCCUUAAAUAUGGUAGACCCGCCUAGUAGUUCCGCCAAGAUACACCCCACAGACCACAUGUCGAUGGCCUUGGUGUAGCCCUGGAAGCUCAAAAUAAUUUCUGGCGCACGGUACCACCUCGUGGCCACGUACUCGGUCAGAAAGCCCUGGUUCUUCUCUGGGUCAUUCGAGUAGCCUCUCGCAAGUCCAAAGUCACAGAUCUUGAGCUCACAGUCCGCGUUGACCAGUAAAUUGCCCGGCUUCAGGUCCCUGUGGAGCACGUCCGCCGAGUGGAUAUAUUUGAGUCCGCACAGGAUCUGAUAGACGAACGAUUGGUAGUGCGAGUCGGUCAGAGGCUGGUUGGAGCGGAUGAUUUGGUGCAUGUCGCACUCCAUGAGCUCCUCGUACAGAUAUAUCUCGUUGAAGUUGCCGUUGGGAUCCGGCACGAUGUCCAGGUCGUACAAGCAAGUGAUGUUCUUGUGGCCCCUGAAAUGGCGCAGGAGCUUGAUUUCUCGCAGCGCUCUUUUGCACAGGAUCUUCUUGCUGAAAAUGUUGGUCACCUUCUUGAUGGCCACGUGCCCUCCCUCGUCGCCAGCCUCGAUGUACUUGGCCGAGCACACAAUUCCGUAGGCUCCCUGUCCCAGCCCCUUGAUUAGCUGGAAUCGGCGGUCGACAACGAAAUUCUGCUGGAACACCCUGAAUACGUGAUACUGGUCCAUGGUUUUGGAAGGUGCUGUCAUGAAACUCGG